GCUAUUUUCCAAUUUUCUGGCAGUUCACGUCUCUGCCUGUUUGCAAGAAAGUUGAAAUUCUCUCAUAUUUAGACUAAAAAACUGUGGCCAGUAUGGCAAUAUUAUUCGUUGUCAUCAUCGGGUUUUUCGCUAUAGGAUCCGUCCACCCGUGGAUUCCUGGUGAAGUUUCGGUGAAAAGAAACGGAAUUCCAAUAGAGCCGGGAGAAAUGAUCACGGAUGCAAAGGCGACGGAUACCUUUACCUGUAGUGUUCCACCAGACUGCAACUCCACAUGGAGCGUCAUUUACCAAGUGCCAUCCCGUGCCGAACGUAACAUUGUCAUGGAACAGACCAAAGUGGGAAACCAGACAGUGGAAGGACUACGGUUCUCCUCGUUCGUCCAUGCAGGUAUUUAUAUCUGUUGUGGAGGCGGCAACAGGACCAUUUUGUUCGGAAUUUACGACAGAGAAUGUACCAGGUCUGGGUGGCAGAAAGCUGUUUUGGCAGCAGCAAUUGUAGGUGGCAUCUUGCUGCUUGCAUUAGCCCUGGUUGACAUCCGCUACCGGAACACAUUGAGUGGCCUGAAGGCAGCGACGCAGCAGCAGCCGCAGCAGCAAUACCAAUACCAGCAACCACGACCACAGCAUCAGCAUCAGGCGUAAGACGAGCAUUACCAGGAACCACGGCCGCAGCAGCAGCAGCAGCAGCAACACCAGCAGCAGUAAAAAUAGCUUUUUUUUACUCUGCCAAAUUUCUAGCUCCAUUCACCCAUGCAUAUUUUCUCCACAGGGCACACUGGAUUGAAUUUUCUUGUAGUUUGCCCACAUGCGUAGUCGAUCGUAUUGACAAGGGAUUUGCACAAUAUGCAUUACAAAAUGAUUUGUGCGGAACAUUCAAGAUGUGGUGGUG